AUGGAAAGUGGAGAGGAUAAUGACUAUUCAAUGAUGGAUCAGUCUAUGGUUGACCAGACCCAAGACAAUCUGUUGUACUACCAACAGCAACAGUACCAACAGCAAGAGCAACAGUACCAACAACAGCAAAAGCAAUUGCAACAACAACAACAACAGCAGCAACAACAACAACAACAAUUACAACAAUUAUCUGAUGUGAAUCUUAUACAACCGAUCAAUGCAUUCAGCUCGAGUUAUUUGAGACAACAAGGUUCUUCUCCCAAUUUGUCACAAAUUGCACCUCCGAACUAUGGCAACGGUAUCCCUGUAAUGACGCCUCCAAAUUCACGUGGAGUAAACUACCAGCAACCCCAAAACCAGCACCAGCAACAACAGACUUCUUCUCUUUACGGAUCCUCACCAACGACACGUCUCGGUGAAAUGUUUUCGCAACCUCAACCUCCUGUAAGUCCUACUAAGAGUGUUAGAUCUUCGAAUUUAACAACAGUUUCCACUAAUUCGUCAUUUGAAUCGCCUCAAAAGGUUAAUCAAUCUAAUCUGGGGAAUUUAUCGAGAAUGGGAAGUCAACAAAAUUUACUUUUACGUACUCCCUUGAACCAACAGCAGCAGCAACAGCAACAACAGCAACAGUAUCAGCAGCAAUUACGGCAACAACAACAAUUAAAGCAACAGCAGUCAACACCUCAACAACCAACAAUGAAACAGUCCAGGCCCUUACAGUCACAACAGGAGUCGGAGAAAUCUGAAAAUCAAUAUGUCUAUUUUGAACGUCACCCAGAGUGGUUUUCCAAACAGUCCCAAGAUCGUGCGUCUGCGGUAAAACUAACCUUGGAACAUUUCUAUAAAACAGCAAUUGAACACGCAAUUGAAAGAAACCAAAGAAGAAUCGCAUUCGAACAACAAUUAAGUACUGAGAUUAGUAGUGAAAGACGUAAUAGAGAGACCCAGUUGUUUGGUAAGAACGAAUCACAAUAUUUACGGUUACGUCGUACAAGGCUAUCACUUGAUGAUUUCAAUACUGUUAAGGUCAUUGGUAAAGGUGCGUUUGGUGAGGUGAGAUUGGUACAAAAGAAAGAUACUGGUAAAAUAUAUGCAAUGAAAACUUUGUUGAAAAGUGAAAUGUACAAAAAAGAUCAGCUAGCUCAUGUUAAAGCUGAAAGGGAUGUGUUGGCCGAUGCUAAUUCGCCAUGGGUUGUUUCGUUAUAUUAUUCAUUUCAGGAUCAACUUUAUCUUUAUCUUAUAAUGGAAUUCUUACCCGGUGGUGAUUUGAUGACGAUGUUAAUCAAAUGGCAGAUCUUCACCGAAGACGUCACAAGAUUCUAUAUAGCUGAGUGUGUGCUAGCAAUUGAAGCUGUUCAUAAAUUAGGAUUUAUUCAUAGAGACAUCAAGCCGGAUAAUAUUUUGAUUGAUAUGAGAGGGCAUAUUAAAUUAAGUGACUUUGGUUUAUCAACUGGUUUCCAUAAAACUCACGAUUCAAAUUAUUACAAGAAGUUGCUCCAACGUGAAACUAACAAUGGUAGUUUGAACGGGAAUAGCACAAUGAAGAGUCAGAGCAACCAAAGAAAUAGUGUGUUGGUCGAUCCAAUCAACCUGACAAUGUCGAACAGACAACAAAUGCAAACAUGGAGGAAGUCAAGAAGACUAAUGGCAUAUUCAACUGUUGGUACCCCUGACUAUAUUGCGCCAGAAAUCUUUCUCAAUCAAGGUUAUGGCCAAGAAUGUGAUUGGUGGUCCUUGGGCGCAAUUAUGUUUGAAUGUCUAGUUGGUUGGCCGCCAUUUUGUUCUGAAACUCCGAGUGAAACAUACAGGAAAAUUAUCAACUGGCAAGAGACCUUACAGUUUCCUGAAGAUAUUCACUUGAGCCCAGAAGCCGAAGACUUAAUCCUCAGGCUACUUACAAAUGCAGAAAAUAGAUUGGGCAGACACAAUGGCGCAAUGGAUAUAAAGAGACAUCCAUUUUUCCGUGGUGUUAAUUGGGACGAAAUUAGAAAUGUUGAAGCACCAUUCAUACCAAAAUUGAGAUCUGUCACUGAUACAAGAUUCUUCCCUACUGAUGAUUUGGAAAAUGUGCCUGAUUCACCAGCUUUAUUACAAGCUGAGAAAGAUAGAGAACUAUUGAAGAAUAAAGGAUUAGAUACAAAGGCUGAUCUACCGUUUAUUGGGUACACAUUUAGUAGGUUUGAAUAUUUGACCAGGAAAAACGCACUAUAG